CUGAUUUCCAAUAUCGCGGGAUGAUGACAAACAUACCAGAAACAUAUGAAACAGAUUAAUUAUUUUUGCAAGGCGACACACAAUUAUGAAUUGGAUUUAACAUAUAUUUACUACUUCGGAAUCGUCCAUAUUUAUAAUUAAUUGAUCAACCAAAAACUAAUUACACAUAUCGUAUGAAACAUGUGGAUCAUUGUAUUUUCGUUUGGAUUGCUUGAAUCGGGGGUGUUUGGCUUGACUUGUAAGAAUGUAGGAUGCGGCGGAAUGAGAACUGACGCACAAUGUCUGCCAUCAGCAACAGUUGAGACAUGCGCGGACCCAAAUGAUCUCUGCUUUACCCGUCUCGAUUGGAAUGGAAAUACAUUAAAUGUGAAUAAAAAGUGUGGAACUCAGUCAGAGUGUAACUUCUCACCAGCCCACGGCUGUAACAAUGAAAACCUUAACUUUGGUUUGAAGAGCUGUAUUUAUUGCUGCCCGACAGAUGAGUGUAACGCCGACCCAGAGUCAGGGAGAACCUGUCGAGCGAAUGAGGACUUGGUGAAUGGCAACUGUAUUCAAUAUAUUUCUACAAGUAGCACAUUCGCUGAAGCCGAAACGUAUUGUAACUCGAUAAGAAGUUCACUUGGUCUACCAUCAUCUGAUGCUGAUGUAGCUAUAUACCUUGAUAUACUAGCAGCAAGGGGUGCUGCGCGCGCAUGGGUGGGACUCAAGUAUUAUGGAAGUACUAUAAAUGACAUUCACGGUGAACCAACUUUGUUAUCGUUAUGGGGUCUAGGCAGACCAAGAAGUCCAGCAGUAGGUGAAUGUUUAGAGGUUCAUGCUGGAAGUGUUACUGGCUUCAGCGAGGAAAGCUGCGGCAUGAUGAACCCAUUUUUCUGCUCAAGGAAGCCUGGCACCUAUUGGCACAAAGCAACCCAAAUGUUUUAUCAAAGACUCCAUGUCGAUACCUCCUUCACAUCAGCCACAUCUACAUACACCGUCCCAGUCAAUAGCCGUAUACAAUGUGGGUUACUGUGCCUCACUGAGACACUGUGUACCGUUUGGGCUUACAACAAAGCAACAAACCAAUGUCGGGUAACAAACAGUUACACCGACCCGGACUACGAGGCUGCUGUUGGAUGGAAUGUUUAUGGAGACUCAUAACUCAUGAACCGGUCAAUGAUAAUGUACAAGUAUAUAGUUGAUGGACUUCUAAAUUAUAUCUAAACGAUGUAAAUUAUUUCAAAUACCCUCUGUAAAGAAAAAAAUGUGCAAUGUAUUUUAUCAAUCAUGUCUUUUUAGUUAUUAUCAGACCAAACAUUCAGAGGUAUAAUGUAUGUAUACUGUGGCCAAAUGGAGAAAAUUUCAAAGAAUUUCGUAAAUAUAGUAAAAAGUUAGAAAGGAUUGAAUAGGACAACUCCCAAAAUCGUGCGUGUGACUUUUUACCAUAUUAGAGGAAU